AUGCUCAACAUAUCAUCAUCACAACAACAUCAUAAACCCAAUUAUGCUGGGACGUUAAAUCAAAAUAUUAUGCAUAUGAAACGGGAUAUGAGCAAUAAUGAUAACGUUGAACAAAUGCUAUCUAAUCAUCUAGCGAAAAUCAACCAACGCCUGUCUGAUUUUGAAUCCAGAAUUCUGACACAAUUUUACGAAUUAGAAAAGAAAAUCGACAAACAAGACGAAAGAAUUUGUGAUAUUGAACAUCUUAUAUAUGACGCGUGCAUGCCGAGUAUAUUAUUGACGAAUGAUGUAGCAUUUCAAUCAACUCGACAUCACCCAACAAAACAAGAAUUAACAAAAUAUAUAAAUUUUAUACAAAAAGCGGUAGACAAUAGAGAGAGAUCUAAAAAACGUGCCACCAGGUUACUAUCGUCAACAUCAAAUUUUUUACCGCAAAACGACAAUGAACAGGUCUAA